CGUUGUCCUUAUCGAUACGAUCCCUCCCCUCCACGAACUUUUGUGACGCAGGCGCCGAGAAGUCAAAAACUCCAAAUAUCACAUACCGCACUCCACAAGAUGUCUGCGCCCACAGUAGCAACAGCAAUCCCGGCCGAGUUGCAGGACAAGUUCGACCUUGGAAUCUGGCAAUGCCUUUUCAACUGGGCCACGCUCACCGUCGCGGUGAAGAACCAGUGGGGCGGUCCCGACUCAUCUGACAAGCGCGACUGGCUCGCUGGCCAAAUCAGCGAACUCUUCGCCAACGAGCCGCUCACCGACGUCGAGGAUGUUGAAGUCAUGCUGCUUCAAGUCCUGGAAGACGAGUACGGGUGCCGCGUCGAGGACGAGACCGAGGUUGAGGUUGCACGCAACAUCAUGGCCAUACGAUUGGAGAUCGCCGAGGGCAACACAGCGACGGUGGAUGCGCUGCAGAAGAAGUGGGAGAGCAGGCAGGGCAAGGAGGUGGCAACGGGGGAUGUCAAUGUGAGGGAGAGCAAUCAGGAGGCAGACUGGGAUAGUGUGGAUGAGGAGAGCGACGACGAGGAUGUCGAUAUGGACGAUGCGCCGGCGCUGGUAGCUGCACGGCCGAGGGAGCCAAAGCCCGAGCCGGAGAUCGACGAGGAUGGGUUCGAGACAGUGGUGGGCAAGAAGAGGAGGUGAGAGUACUGAGGAAGUUAGGACGAAACGAAAAAUAGGAAGACAAGAGCUAGAGAUGUUUCCUCGGCGUGGCUUGUCACGGCAGGCACGUCCGGCGCAAUGGAGCAAGAGCAACACUGAUGGCAGGAGCACGGCGCAGGCAAGCUCAGUGCAAUCGCCCAAUACUGUGCUAGGAGCGCAAAUAGCCCUACAUACAAGCAGGAGUGUCACUUUAGGUCAACAAAUUCAAGAUGGCCGUCUGUCCAGUUUGUGUGACAUGACUUGCGCGCAUGCCUCACGCUAAAUUGCUGGUUGCGGAGCUCAUGCAGGGUCCGCGUCAAUGCGGGACCUCAGCAGGCAA